AGGUCACCUCUAUUGGCUCUUCCUCGAUUUGAUCGUUCCUCUUUCUCUCUCUACCAAAAUAUUUUCUCUCUCUCUCUCUCUUUUAAUUCUUUUGCCAGUAAUGGCAGUGCAUCAGUGCCAGUGCAAGAAAAGAGGGGGAGAGUUUUCAUUGGGAAGGUAAAGCCUUGCACCAGUACCCCUUCCUUCCUUGUGCCUACCUCCUCUAGCUCAAUCUUUUUACCACAGUUUUUAACAGUCACUACUAGCCACCCCUCUCCUUCUUCUAUAACCUCUCUCUCUCUCUCUCUCUCUCUCCUGUUUCUCUGUGACCACCCGCGUGCGCUCUGCUUAUGAGUCCCUCUCUCUCUCUCUUAUUACUCCGUUCAUAGAAAUGCUACAAACGGAGGAGUGAGUGUGUUCGUGUGUUUGUGUUAGACAGGGGGAGAGAGAGAGAGAGAGAGAGAGAGAGUUAAUGCUGUUAAAGAACAGAAAGAUAAACAACCUUUUUUCCCAAGGAAAUCUGAGCAGGCUUUACCAGACUAACCAAGAGAGCAAAACCCAAAACUAAAAACUCUCUCUACUUCAAUGACUGACUACUACUACUAAGUACUACUACUAUCAAUAUUUUAGGAUUUCCUGUAAAAAGCCUGAAAGUUGUAGCAUAAAACCCGGGAGAACCCUGGCGAGAGUUUUAACCCUUCUUUAGAGCAAAAAGAUUGCGUAGGAGAGAGAGAUAGUGAGAAAGUGAAAGAGAGAGAGAAGAGGGUUUGUGACUUAUUUGUGUUUACAUAUAGCAAAGCCCAAGUGAGAGAACUAGGUAAGGAUAAGACCGUGAGCGAGUAAGAAAGAGACAGAGAGAGAGAGAGAGAGAGAGAGAGAUAAUGGAGAGUGGUUCUAAUGGCACUUCUUGUAUGAUGGCUUUUGGAGAAAACAGUAGUAAUGGCCUAUGUCCAAUGAUGAUGAUGAUGCCUCUAAUGACUUCUCAUCAUAGUCAUCAUCAUCCUAAUGCAGACACAAAUAGUCUAUUCCUGCCUUUACCCCCCAACAACAAUCACGACCACCAAAAUCAAAACCGCAAUACUCCCACUCCUACUACUACUAUUAACAAUAGCUCCUCUUUCAUUCUUGAUGAUCACAACGCUAGCAGCAACACCGGCUUGUUUUUCAUGGAGAGUAACAACAACGACGGCAGCAGUUCUUCUGUGAAGGCUAAGAUCAUGGCUCAUCCUCACUACCAUCGUCUCCUGGCUGCCUAUGCCAAUUGUCAAAAGGUUGGAGCACCGCCUGAAGUGGUGGCAAGACUAGAACAAGCUUGUUCAACAGCGGCUAAUAUGGGCCACUCAGCUUCCACAGGCUGUAUUGGUGAAGAUCCGGCGUUAGAUCAGUUCAUGGAGGCCUACUGUGAGAUGCUGACCAAGUAUGAGCAAGAACUUUCAAAACCCUUCAAGGAAGCCAUGCUUUUCCUCCAAAGGAUCGAGUGCCAAUUCAAAGCACUCGCAGUUUCUUCUUCAGAUUCUGCCUGUGUCGAGGCUGUGGAUAGGAAUGUAUCUUCUGAAGAAGAGGUUGAUGUGAAUAACAACUUCAUUGAUCCCCAAGCAGAGGACCGAGAAUUAAAAGGUCAGCUUUUGCGCAAGUACAGUGGAUAUUUAGGCAGCCUGAAGCAGGAAUUCAUGAAGAAAAGAAAGAAAGGGAAACUGCCUAAAGAAGCCAGGCAACAGUUGCUGGAUUGGUGGAGCAGGCAUUACAAAUGGCCUUACCCAUCGGAAUCGCAGAAGCUGGCUCUUGCAGAAUCCACAGGCUUGGAUCAGAAGCAAAUAAACAACUGGUUCAUAAAUCAAAGAAAACGUCACUGGAAGCCUUCAGAAGAUAUGCAGUUUGUGGUGAUGGAUGCUACCCAUCCCCAUUAUUACAUGGACAAUGUCUUGGGCAAUCCCUUUCCCAUGGAUAUCUCCCCUACACUUCUGUGAAGUUGAUAAUUAUGCAUGCAUAAUAUGAUGCAGAUCAUGUAUUAUUAAAUAUUGUUGCACUCUCAACCGCAUCCUCUGACAUUGGUUUAUAUAAUGUUGUCAUAUAUAUGUAUGCACUAAUAUGUAUGUAGAGGCUAUUUAAAUCAGAUAUUUUCAUUUAAAAA